AUGGCAGAAGUAGCACAGGCUGAGGUGAAGAAGGCCCUGAAGAAGACGAAGAGGAACAAAGCUUUAGGACCAGAUACCAUUCCCAUAGAAGCAUGGAUAAGCUUAGAAGAAGCGGGGGUUGGAUACCUGACAUCCCUAUUCAACAAAAUUCUUGCAGGAAAGAGAGUGUCAGAUGAGUGGAUAAAGAGCGCAUUGGUACCCAAAAGCAAAGGAGACGCGCAGGAUUAUAGUAACUACCGGGGCAUCAAACUAAUGAGUCAUACAAUAAAGUUGUGGGAAAUGGUGGUAGAGGCAAAGGAGUUGCUGCAGAAGUUGUGA